UGUCCAAUGAAUCCGACUCUAUUUAUAAGAUGAUAAAAUGAUAAUCAGAUUCACCUUUGCUUUCUUCUCUCUCUUGUUUCUCUCUCUAGGGUUGGUGGCAUUGGCAGUGUGGUUUCCCUCUUCUCCAGUUAGGUGUAGGAAAAUGGUGAGGCAAAAGAUUGAGAUAAAGAAGAUCGAUAACUUGACAUCGAGGCAGGUGACUUUUUCGAAGAGGAGAAGAGGGCUUUUCAAGAAAGCGAGAGAACUCGCCACUCUUUGCGAUGCUGAGAUUGCUCUCAUUGUUUUCUCGGCCACCGGCCGGCUCUUCGACUACUCCACCUCCAGCAUGAUGCAAGUGAUUCAAAAGCGUAAGGUGCAACCAGCUGAGGGUAUCAAUCGAUUCCGGCAAACUCUCCUUAAUCAGGUGGGACGCGACAACAAUGAUGCAAUCAGCGAGGAACACAUGGCCUUGACUCGCGAAUUCAAUCAGCUUAAGGGAGAAGAGCUCGAAGAGCUCGACAUGAAUGAACUGGCCAGGCUAGAGAGAGUUGUAGACUCAGCCUUGGGACGAGUCGCUAAAAAAAAGAAUGAGAAGUUUAUGUUGGAGAUCAGCAAGCUGGAGACAAGGGAAAUAGAACUGAAGAAAGAAAACGAGAUGCUGAAACAGCAAGCUGAGAAAAAAAGAAACGCAACGGAACAAGGAAGUUCAGUUGAGUCCAUCGCCAACUCCUAUGGCUUUCGUGGCCGCUGUCCGGACCAGGACAAGAGCAUCUCCGAUACCGCUCUCAAACUCGGCUUACCUUUUCCCGGCGGCGACUGUUAGAAAUUAUGUCAAGAAAAUGUUUACUUUUUAUUUUGAGUUACUUUUAUAGCUCAACGUUCGGCAAAGCCGCCGGAGACAGCAGCAACGAUGGGCCAUAGGAUGGUGGUGGUGCAGUGAAGGGAGAGGUGGCGGCUAGGGCCGUGGGUGUGCCUAUAAACACAAAAUUAAUCGAGUUGUUUUUGUUCAUAAAAUUCGCGAGAUGAGUUAUCACCCCUACCAAACAUGUCAUUAUAUUACUCUCUCUUCUCAAGUUAAUCGAGUUGUUUCUUUGCAAUA